UACAAGUUAAUUUGUGUUCGAAUGACGACCGACGAAAUUCGAAAUGUACCUGUGCAGUUUGUAACAGCAAAUAUGCCUCUGCAUUGCGUAGGAGAAAGAAGAAACACUUCUGAAGAUGAUUCUGAUGUAGGUUCAUUGUGGGCAGAUAUACCAGAGUCAUUACUUCUGCAUAUAUUCUCUUACCUGGACGCAAAACAUUUAGUAUCUGUCUCACAAACAUGCAAGGUCUGGUACCGCGUGGCAUAUGAUGAGAGCCUUUGGAAGGCAUUACUUUGGAAGACCUGGAACAUUUGUGGGGUGGACCUGCCUCCAGGGAAGGAGAGCUGGCAUUGGGAGUACAAACGUCUUUACUUUCACUGUCCUGUGGUGCUUAGCGAGGUCCUAACUGAUCACGGCGAUGAAGUCCUUCAUGUUAGUUUCUCACACCGAGGUGACAUGUUCUCCACAACAUCCAAAGAUGCCUCCAUAAAAGUGUGGCAAGUGGGGUACCCUACAUCUCUUAAAUACAGCAAGGACUUCCGACAGCUGCUGGCAUGGGACUUUACGCAGUUUUCAUGUUUCAACAAGAGUGACACCAUGCUCUUAGUAUCUAGUGUCAAAACCACAGACUUCAUGGAUAGAAGAGGCUUUGUAGCCAUUUUGUCACUCCCGCAUAAUUUACAGAUUUUGAGAGUCGUUUCUAUGGAUCCUUCUCAGCUGUUUGGAGCCUGGCUAGAUGAUAAUACAUUUCUGGGGGGAUACUUAGAAAUAAGCCUGGAUAGAUUUGCAACCACUGUUCAGAUUGAAUCAUUUCAGGUUGAUAAGAAUUCACCAUUACCAAAUGAUAUUCCACCAACUGUAGAGGAAGGUGUAGGACAAAAUCUGUUCACAUUCUCUAGUGAAACAGCAAGUCUCAUCAAAUUUUUGACAGUGGCAAGUGUUACAAAUCAAGUUGCAAUGGAGACAUCUUUAAUUCAAGACAAAAAGAACUUUUUGAAAAAUAAACCAGAUGAUGACGAGCUGUCAGAUUCCGAAAAUGUUUGUGGUAACUGUAACGUGAAUCAAAAUAAUUAUCAAUUAAAAGAUGUUGAUUAUGAUGGUAGUUGUAACUGUGAAAAGACAUUUAGGGAAGAAUGGAGAGGUGUACGGUCUGAACCUUGUGCACCAGCCAGUAGUGCCAAAACGGAGGAGUGUGGACCUUUAAUAGCAUCAGCAGAAGAUUCGUCACUUAAGAACCUGAUAUUUGUGACAGGGGAGUUUGCUGUUGCACUUCAUCAAUUAGGGAUUAAAAAUGUCAGUACCGAGACUUUGUCAAAGCAGAUUUCCUCCACUGGUGACCGAGAAGUCGCAGACAUGGAGGUGGAAAGUCACCACAUGGUGGUCAACUUUAGUAACAAUGAUAUUCAUGUGCAACCUGUUAGAAAAUCAGACAAACCGGAUCAUUUGAUUGACCUUUUUGGACAUGUGACUGGAUUAUGUCUCUCAAGUGAUAACAGAUAUUUAUUCCUAAACUAUCGUCCAUGGAUUGGUAAAGUUGACAGAAAUGACCCUUGGGCGACCCCUGACCUAUCACCUUGUAUAGAGGUCUUGGUGAUUGACCUGUUGACCCUGAAGAAUGAGGGUGUGCGAUAUGUUGGUCACAAGGGGUAUUCCCCUUCCACCAUGUGCUGCUUUGUAUUUCUAGAUGUUAGUCAUGACUAUGUUGGAAGCGGUAGUGAAGAUGCUCGAGCAUACCUCUGGGACAAGCACUACAGAAACAACAUUGCUGUGUAUGAACAUUCUUGGGGGGUAGUAAAUGCAGUGGGGUUCAACCCUGCCAACCAGGAGUAUAUGGUGACCGUCAGUGAUGACAACACUAUCAAGAUUUGGAGGUCAAGGUCAGAGAUGAGGAAGCUGGGUCCUUGUUUGGACGGUAAUCAAGUCCCUGCUGUUGAAGCAGACAAAUGUGUGUGGAAGAGACGAGAGUGUGAAAAUGCUUGUGCAGUCCAACCAACUUAAAGAGGGCAGGCCAUGUCUGUGAUCAAAUGAAUACAAUGUACUAGCAUAAUCCCAAGACUAAAUAUUAUUUAUUUGUAACCAAUUAGUCUUUCAAAGUUUUUCAAUGGUGCAAGCAUGCAGUUUUAAUUUUAUUAAAAAAGUACACUGUACAUAUAUUUAUCAUGUGUUUGUAUAGUAAUCCCAUAAUACUCAAACACCCCCACCCACACUUACAAAGGAACACAAAUUUUUAGAUUGAAUUGUGAUAAAAGUCCUUUUCAAAGACAUGUUGAAAAAUGUCUUCAUGAGAAAUUGUAUAUCUAAUUCCAUGUUUGAACCUUUGAACAGUGGACUUGAAAUUAAACAAAAUAAACAAAAGGUAAAAAUAUUGCUGAUAUAUUCUAUGUACCACACAACAGCUUUACCAAAAGUAAAUGAUAAAUCCAUUC